ACAACAUUACUCAAACAUGCUACUAAACCAUCUCCUAACAUAACCAAAGUAAAACAAAGAAAGCAACCAUUCUUAUCCUUAUAAGCAUGACUCCAUUAAGUUCUUGUCGUAAACUCCAUCAUAACUCACUUCCAGAAAAACACUCCACCAACGUAGUUGAUCGCCGAUAUGUCUCGACUUCUCUAACAUCGAAAAUGCAAACUAAUAGUAAUGACUCUAUUCUUCGGCCACCGAAACUGCUACUUAAGGUGACAAUCGAGAACAGCUUGGGUGCAAUACAGGUGCUGAUGUUGUCUGAGGACACAGUUGAAGAUUUGAUAAAGGCAGCGUUGGUGUUUUAUGAGAAGGAAAAGAGGAGACCAAUUUUGAAGAACUAUGAUCCAAAGUCUUAUGACCUUCACUACUCCAAAUUCACUUUCCAAAGUUUGAAGCGGGACGAGAAGUUAUUAGGGUUGGAGUCAAGAAAUUUCUUUCUCUGCUCAAAGCCACACGUUUCUUCAUGUACUCAGAAAGAGAACAUGGCAAUGGAUUCUGCAUUUCCUUGGAUGGUUUUAGUCCCUUUCCUGCUAUAAAUUAAGACCAUACGUAGAUCACAUGUCACAAAUGAGUCGCAUGAUCCUUCUAUUCAAGAGACGUGUGAGAGGGAGUUCCUAACACAGAAUAUACUUUUGACUAUGUUAAAUAGAGUAAUUAUUGGCAAUCUUUAGUAGAAAAUGAAUUGAUUGAUGAUGAAAUUAGUACUAUCUCUCAAACUUAAAGCUUCUUUAGUUUUCAUUCUUCUUGUACUUGUGUUUCCGUGUAAGUUAUAUUGCUUUCUUUUAAGUGUAACUGGAAGGUAAUUUAAGAAUAAUGCAAUUUAUGUUGGAACUGGAAGAGUGAAAUACUUAAGCAUUA